AUGGGCCUUUUGAGCUUCGCGACGAUAGCGUUAUGUGACCCAUCUUUCAAUAACCCUCCCGGCGUGGACGUCUGGUGCGGGAAGGCUUACCGCGACACAAACUCCUCGUUUGACCCUGGAGGCCGGGUAGAUCCACCAGUUCUCAAUAGCGGACCCAAUCCUCUUCGCCUCCGGUUAAACGUAUAUCCGCGGUACAACUUUUACUUAGAGACUGAGAAGAACGCUUCCUUUCUCGUGGAUACACGCGUCUCUGACCAAGACCCUUACGGAAAGCCAUAUGUGAACUCAACAAGCGGGAAGGACAACGAGACGGAGCCGUUCAAUGAACUGGUACUGAAGGUUUGGAUUGGUCAUACCAUCGCUGUAGACAAUGUACGCAUUCCUAUAAACUCGACUGGUAUCGAAAUCCCAUUCGAUCUGGACCUGGCAAAACUUACAGGUGAAGCGGGACCUGGGGCUUUCGAGAUAAGUGGGAGUAGUCCGGACGGUUUACAAACGUAUGAUGAUCUUGCACGCGUUAUUGUCUUGCCAGAGCGCUCCGAUGGCGGCAGCAUGGCUCGUCUCGAUCACCUGAAUGGUGGCGUCCACGUCUCUUCUUCCCUAACCAAAGGCGCCUGGAGAUCGAUCUUACCCAUGGGUUUCUACACGCGCUGGGACUGGAUCUCCUGGCUUGUCGACCCAGACAACAAUCCCGAGCCACAAAACUUAGCUAGCAACGAGACCAAAAGUCUUCAGCAAUACAAGGAGCGCGGCUACAAUCUCAUCCACCCUGUGCCGCCCGGUGGUUGGGCCUCCUUCGACACGGCCAUCUUCGAGAAAUUCCUCACCAUAUGCGACGAGCUAGAACUCUACGUCAUGUACGACAUGCGGCACACCUACCUCAACCUCUCCUCCAUCUCAUACCAACUCCCACGACUACAGUCCCACCCCUGUCUACUGCUCUACUAUACCGGCGACGAGCCAGAUGGCUGGACGGACCCGCUGAACGGCACUGUCCUCGCCUACGACCAGAUAAAGGAGAUAGAUCCGUACCACCCCGUCUCACUCGUACUAAACUGCUACAACUUCUACUUCAAGGAGUACACCUCGGGUGCGGACAUCAUCCUGGAAGACACGUAUAACCUGAUCAAGAGUUCUACUUUUAGCACAGUGUACAACACGCCGUGUAACCUCACCUACGGCGACUGCGGGUGCGACUUCUGCCACAUAAACGACACGGCGUAUCCGGAGUUCGUGGAGAAUCCCUUCCAAGAUGUGGUUGAAAGGACCAAUCGUAUGUAUCAAUACCAGCGCUGGAUUGGGCAGAAGGAGACAAAGCCUGUGUGGGGCGUACCGCAGUGGUUCUAUGAUGAGGACAGCUUUUGGAGUCGGUGGGCGACGCGUCAAGAGGCGAUCGUGCUAGCGCUUUUGCGCAUUAACCACGGCGCCAUGGGGAUUGUGGGCUGGAUUUUCCCAACGUCACCGGAAGUUGAGAGUGCGACGACGGACCUUGCAAAGGUGCUAGCGAGGGAGGAUGUCACGAGGCUGUUGAUGGAUGGGACGGGGAAACGCGUGCAGCCUUUCAACAACGAGGAGAACCACGAGGACUCAAGCUAUGAUAUUGCGGCGUGGGUCAGCGGGGACGAGGCGUUGGUCAUUGCGGUGUGGCCCAAGUAUACAAUACCUGAUGAGGCCGUGAUCAUGCUGCCGACUGGGGGGAGGAAUGUGACAGGCGUGGAAGAGCUAUUUGGUGAUGCUGAUUGGUCUUGGAAUGGAAACUCUGUGGCGACGAACGGGACGAUACCGUUGCAAGUCAGUAUGUUGAAGGCAAGUCUCGGGGGCCACGGAGUCAACAUGCAUCGACGGUACUGA